CAGGUGUGUGAAUAUCCCGAUGGGACCAAGUCUUUGAAACUGGGAGACUUUGGGCUUGCUACUGUGGUAGAAGGCCCUUUAUACACAGUCUGUGGCACACCCACUUACGUGGCUCCAGAAAUCAUUGCUGAAACUGGCUAUGGCCUGAAGGUGGACAUUUGGGCAGCUGGCGUGAUCACAUACAUACUUCUCUGUGGAUUCCCACCAUUCCGAAGCGAGAACAAUCUCCAGGAAGAUCUCUUUGACCAGAUCUUGGCUGGGAAGCUGGAAUUUCCGGCCCCCUACUGGGACAACAUCACGGACUCUGCCAAGGAAUUAAUCAGUCAAAUGCUUCAGGUAAAUGUUGAAGCUCGGUGUACCGCGGGACAAAUCCUGAGUCACCCCUGGGUGUCAGAUGAUGCCUCCCAGGAGAAUAACAUGCAAGCUGAGGUAACAGGUAAACUAAAACAGCACUUUAAUAAUGCGCUCCCCAAACAGAACAGCACUACCACCGGGGUCUCCGUCAUCAUGAACACGGCUCUAGAUAAGGAGGGGCAGAUUUUCUGCAGCAAGCACUGUCAAGACAGCGGCAGGCCUGGGAUGGAGCCCAUCUCUCCAGGUCCCCCCUCAGUGGAGGAGACCCCUGUGCCUAGGGAAGCAGUCCCGGCCCCCACCCCUCCGGAAUCUCCCACCCCCAACUGUCCUCCUGCUGCCACGGGUGGUGAGCGGGCAGGAACCUGGCGCCGCCACCGAGACUGAGCCUCCUGCAGACGGGCAAAGCCGCCCGCUGCCACCCAGGAAGCCAGCCCUCUGCUCGGCCUCGCCGGCCUCCCUGCUGCAGGCCUCCCUGUCCUCACCGCCUGCGCCUGAGUUCGCGGGUCCUCCGCAGGCCGUCUGGGAACCGGAGCCCGGCGUGCCGGAGCCUGGCCUGGUGCUCUGGGCUCUACCUUCUGGUUCCUGGAGACAUCAAAGGCCGCAUCCGUGCUGCCAACAGCUGUUUGGAGAGACUCGUUCCAGAUCAUCCCCAGUCAUUUUCAGUUUGUUGGACAUUUUACAGCUUCACCAGGAGAAUGUGCAACUUUAUUCCAGCGUUCGAUGCAUUUUUAUAGCAACACUUUGGAUGAACCAAGGCCUUUUCCUUAUUUAAAUAGACUCAGAACGCUCCCUUUCUUUUCUCUCUUUCUCUCUUUUUUUUUUUUUUUUUUUUUACGAAAGACUUAGAAUUGCAUUUGUCCUUUUGUGGAUGUCCUGUGAGAGGUGAUAUGGGGGCUAAGAGGAGUGGCUUUCUACUGGAAGAAGUGAGCGCCUGAGAGGACGAUUUGGUCUUUGGACGUGGAUUGCAGGCUUUGAGAAGCGCUCAGAUGCCCAGUGCUGCGUGCUCAGCCAUUUGGCUUGGGGUGCUGGGCUCACCAGAGACAAUGCUGAGUAUUCAUUUGUACACAGACGAUGGGAGAAGCCACUUCUUCCCUGGGCAUUAUGGGUUCCCCAGCUCUUCCCACACGCGUGUUAGGAAAUGCCUGUGAACCUGCCCUCUCCUCUGGGUUUUUAAUGAGAGGCUUGGCACAUGGGGCACCCAGCGGGGGCUUCUCCGCAAGCCAGCCACUUGCAGAGCAGAACAAGCUCCACUCCUGAGCCCCGGUGCCUGCUUCCUCAUCUGCAUUUCAUCUGGAGCAGGGCAGGUAACCACAGGAGGAGGCGUGCCCCAGGCAGCCAGGACUGGGCGGGAAGGUGCUCCCUGGAUAUACUCUGUGAACCUUGUGGAAGGCUGCUGGCAGUUUUUCCUUUUUGUCCACCACCCUGCUCUUUUUAAUAAUUGUACAUAAUCCGUGUAUUUGUUUUACCUGCUCAUCUUCUAAACUGGUGGGCCCUAUAGUUCGUUCUCAUUGUUAGAGUUUGCCUUUUACAAGUGUACCCAACCUGCAAUAAACUUUUCCCUCUUGAAAAAAAGUAAUCAGGGAUGGGC